GGAUUAGUUGGUGCAAUAGUUGCACCAUUUAUUUUAACAGCAAUAAUUCGUGGAUUGGGAUUUGGUCUGGGAGGUAUUGCAGCACAUUCAUUUGGUUCUUGGUUUAUGUCAUUGUAUCGAGGUACAAUUGCACGUGGAAGUGUCGUUUCAAUUUUACAAUCGAUUGGAGCUGUUGGUUUAGGAGCUUUGAGUAUUUUCUUAAGCAGUGGUUUUGGAGCAGCUAUUGGAAUUCUUAUUGGAGCAAUUGGUGGUUUUAAACUUGCAGAAUAUUUAACAGAAAUUAAUUUAAUUAAAACCGAAGAACAAUUGCUUGAAAGUUUCGUUCAAAUUGAAGAAAAUAAUAAUAUUAUUAUAUUCAAAAUCAAACCAGCUUUGUUAUAUAAUGAAGAAGCUUUAAAAUGUUUUUUUGAAACAUUUAAAUCUAGUUCAUCAUUUGUUAAUUCUAAAUUAUUUAGAAUUGAUUUCAUAGAAAAUGAUUUAAAGUUAAAAUCAGAAGAAGAAAGAAUUCAUACUGUUCAUAAUUUAUUAGUUGAUAAUUAUGAAAAAUUCAGAAUAGAAUGUAUUUAUAACGAUGGUUACUUGGUUGGAUAUAAUGUAAAUCUUAGUGAUUAUAAACCAUCUGAUCCUAAGAUAAAUACAUUGGUAGAAAUUUGGAAUGUUAUGAAUGGUAAUGUCGUUAUAGAAUUCAUUGAUAAAAUUCGGGAUCAAGUUAAUGAUCAAAUUCGUAACGUUGAUGUCAACAAAUUUCGUGAUCAAGUUAAUGAUCAAAUUAACAAAGCUGAUAUAAAUGGACUCCGUGAUCACGUUAAUAAUCAAAUUAAUCAAAUUAGCGAUCAAGUUAGUAAAGUUGAUAUCAACAAAAUUCGGGAUCAAGUUAAUGAUCAUAUUAACAACAUUGAUAUUAAUAAACUUGGUAGUCAAAUUGGUGAUCAAGUUAAUAAUCAAAUUAAUCAAAUUAAACAAGUCGAUAUCAAUAAAUUUCGUGAUCAGGUUAAUGAUCAUGUUAAGAAUAUUAAUGUCAAUGAAGUUGGUAAUCAAAUUAGUAAUCACGUAAAUGGAAUCUUUCGCAAGUGGUUUUAAAUAGAUGUAUUAGUUGUUAAAAUAUCAUUUGUUUAUAAUCAAUAAAAUUUGUUAAGAAAAAUAUUUUGGUUUAUUACCUUAUCUCUGAAGUUUUGAAUAUUCAUGUAAUUUGAUUUCACAUAUUUGGGUCGAUAUACUGUAUAACCUGAAUUUGACUCGACCCAAUUAUUAUUACUCGAGCGAUCGGAC